AUGCUCCUCCUCGACUAUCAGAAUGUCCUCAUCCAGUCCCUUCUGACCGAACGCUUCUCCGGCGCCCCUCCUACAUCCAUUGACCAGGUCGUCUCGGACUUCGACGGCGUCGCGUUCCACAUCUCGACCCCUUCGAGCAAAACACAGAUUCUCAUUUCCCUCUCUAUCAAAUGCUACCGCGAGUUGUUGCAAUAUGGCGCCGAGCAAGUCCUGCAGAGGGAAUAUGGGAACUAUAUCACGAACACGGAGGCGGGGUAUGAUUUCAGUAUUCUGAUUGACCUAGAAAACUUGCCGCCGACUGCGGAAGAGAAAGAGGAGUUGGUGAGGAGGAUCAGUCUGCUAAAGAGGAACGUCAUGGCUGCGCCCUUCGAGAAGGCGUUUGACGAAUUCGCUCAGCUGGCAGAGGAAGCGAGCAAAUAUACCUCAGAAUCUGCACCGCAAGGCGUCAAGGAAGGUGGCGAGGUAAUGUCGAUCCAUUACCGCGAGGAAGAAGCCAUUUAUAUCAAGGCCAGCCAUGAUCGAGUCACCGUCAUAUUUUCGACAAUGUUCACGGAUGCCGUGGAUAGGAUCUUUGCCAAAGUGUUCUUGCAGGAGUUUGUAGAUGCAAGACGGAGAGCCAUUCAGAAUGCGCCGCAGGUACUAUUCCGCAGCGAUCCGCCAUUGGAGCUGCAGGGAUUAAGGGGAGUCGGGAAGACGGGCGAGAUGGGUGAAAUGGGCUUUAUUACAUUCGUAUUAUUCCCUCGACAUCUCACACGUCAGCGAAGAGACGAGGUCAUUUCCCACAUCCAGACCUUCCGGGACUAUUUCCACUACCACAUCAAAGCCUCCAAGGCGUACAUCCACUCAAGAAUGAGGCGUCGGACGGCAGACUUCUUGCAGGUUCUCAAUCGUGCCAGACCGGAGACGGAAGAACGCGAGAGGAAGACAGCAAGUGGCAGGACUUUCAGAGUCCAAGGUUGA